GAAUGAACCAUAUGUAGCCAGAGCAUCCACAUCUGAAACUGAAGACCAAAGCAUGAUGGGGAAGUUCGUGAAAGUCGAAAGACAGGUUCACGACAUGGGGAAGAAACUGGACUUCCUGGUGGAUAUGCACCUGCAGCACAUGGAAAGGCUGCAGGUGCACGUCACGGAAUACUACCCGACCAAGGGGACCUCCUCGCCCGCAGAGGUGGAGAAGCUAGAGGACAACAGAGAUUCGGAUCUAAAAACCAUCAUCUGCAACUAUUCCGAGACGGGCCCCCCCGAGGCCCCUUACAGCUUCCACCAGCUGCCCCUCGACAAAGUCGGCCCCUAUGGGUUUUUUGCCCACGACCCAGUGAACCUGCCCCGAGGAGGACCCAGUUCUGGAAAGGUUCAAGCAACGCUUUCCACCUCAGCAGCGACAUAUGCGGAAAGGCCCACCGUCCUGCCGAUCUUGACUCUUCUCGACUCCCGAGUGAGCUACCACUCCCAGGCUGAACUGCACGGCCCCUGCUCAGACCGGGUGUCCCCCCGUCAGAGACGGAGCAUCACGCGGGACAGUGACACGCCUCUGUCCCUGAUGUCGGUCAAUCAUGAGGAGCUGGAGCAGUCUCCAAGUGGCUUCAGCAUCUCCCAAGACAGAGACGAUUACGUGUUUGGCCCGAGUGGGGGGUCGAGCUGGAUGAGGGAGAAACGUUACCUCGCCGAGGGUGAGACAGACACGGAUACGGACCCCUUCACCCCCAGUGGCUCCAUACCUCUGUCAUCCACAGGGGACGGGAUUUCUGAUUCCGUAUGGACCCCUCCCAACAAGCCCAUUUAGAAGGGGUCGUGGCUGAGUCCUCCUUGUAAUGUAGACAGACUUUGUAUAGCUCACUUGCUCUCACACCUGACACUUGACCGUGAGAUCACCAGUGGCUGCAUCAAACACAUGCAUGUGUGUGGCGGCCCCCCACCCGGGCAGGGGCUUUUCAUGGCCUUCCUCCUCCCCAGGUCACCACAGUGAAGCCGCUUCCUUUUAAGCAUGGUUUGCAUGACUUUACAAUAUAUAAAUGGUACCGCUAAUCUCUUCUAGGAUACACAUUUAUCUGCUGUUCUUACUUUAAAUCAUGAUUGGACCAGGAUGGGGAGAAAUUAUUGAUGAGCUGUGCUAUCUGUCCGUUUGGUUGGCUGCUUUGGGUUUUGGUUUGGUAAGCAGGGAAUGUAGUUUAAGUUCUUUCUCAAACCACUGCCCCUUUGUGUAAAAAAGACCAGUAAUUAUUCUAGAGUAAGCAAAUAGUUUGUGAACAAAAAUGCAUUACGUAUCAAAGAGGUGGUCAACUGAGCUAAAACACUAGGAAAGGAACAAGACGGUCAUCGCCUAUCCAAAACCACGAAUUUUUUUGAAUUGUUUUUUUUUUUUUUUCGGGAAAAACUCUCAAAACCAUCUAAAAGCUCUCGAGGGGACCUCACUUGGUCUGCCAUUAUCUGUAUCCUGCCUGUUCCCUCAUCCCUGGUAAUCCCAAGUGUAGCAUUUCGAGGGAGUUAUGACUUGGAGGGGAGAAAAUACACACACAACUUCAAAUAGUUUCCAAUUUAUGUAGCCAAAGAUAAUGAAAUUUAUCAGAAGUAGGGUGCCCCUCUGGGCAGGAGCUAAGAUCAGUGCCUUCAAGAUGACGUUUCAACUCACAUUCUUCCCCAUGGUAUUUGUACAAAAUAUCCACCUCAAAUGAAAAUUAGAAACCAGAAAUUAUCUGGUCCAAGUUCUCCUUUGUAAAAAUGAGAAACCUUUGGCUCAGGUAGGGACAAGCCCGGGGUCACAUCAUCGUCCCCUGGAGUGCUGGGACCCAGUCAGCUGACUCGCCCCAUGCCCUGGUCUCCUCCUACUACACCACUCUGCCCUUUAUAGAGUGGGACCUAAAAAUUGUGCCAAGAUACCUGGACUCUGUUGUACACAAUUUAUCCAGCAGGAGGGGGCUGUUUGCUUUUACUGCAAAACAUGCUUGCUUGAUGCAUUGCAUUUUGGAUCUAGGGGAAUAAAACAAGCACUUCAAGCAAGCAAGCUUCAACAUUUAUUAAUAUGCAAAUGGGAAAAAUUUUCAGAACCAUCCAGUUUUACUCCUCCAGAUUUUUUAAACCACACGUAGCCAUAAGAUUAACCCAAGUGUAAGCAGAGCCCCUGGAGAGCACUGCCCUAGUGAAUAAGUAUUAAUAUUAAGCACAAGCCAUCCUCUGGCCUCUUUUGAGGUGUCACUACUUUCUGAAACACUUUGAUGGAAAAGGUUUCUGUUAGGCUUGGGCCAGAUUAGCUAAAUUACAGCACCACACUAUCACUGUCUCGCUCUUAUCCCACAUCUAAGCACUGGUUGUGGACGGUCGCCAUGGUGACCAUCAAGAUGAUCAAGAGGGCCUAACAGUCUACACACAAAUGCCGCUGAUGUUCUCCUCACAGUCCUGUCAAGCAGUGGUAGCUGGGACAGACAUCUGGUUUGUGGUUUCAUCAUGACGUGAUGCAGGAACCUUAUACUUUGUUGGAGGGAAGAACUAGUUUCUCAGAUCUUGGUUCCUUUCAACCCACAAGUCAACAGGUACUGUGCAAAAGACUCAGAGUAUAAUAGUAUUGAAGGUGUGGUCCCUGACUUUAGAAAUGCACAACCAAAGCCUGCCGUCUCUGGCCCAGGGCAAGCAUCGUGAGAGGUAGAUGGCAUUUUACAUGGAGAAUCUCACAAAUAGAGAGGUGUUGGCAUUGAAGUCUAAGGUGGAAAAUACACAAGAAUGAUCACACAAUUCAGACCUGAACCCUCCUCCCCUAUGGUUUGCCAUUUGACCUUCUUGCAAUCUGAAGGGCAAACGGAAUGGAUCAUAUGCAUGAAAGUGCCAUUGGAGUUAAUGACCUAAGAAAUCCUAUGCCGCUUCCUUAGGGCUUGAUUCUUGCUUCUGACCUGCCUAGAAUCUUUUACUACAAGUGAUUGAGCUACCUAUCAUCUGUUACUAUGUUUUCUUUAUGUACGUGAGUUAUUUGAGACAAAAAAAAAAUGGAGAAUGAAUCAAACUCUCCACACAUGCACCAAUUAUUUUUACCUACCUUAUUAAUAUUCUUGCAGAACUGACUGGCCUCAGUAUCUUACCAACAGAUGCAUUUGCCAGGAACUCAGUGGAGUUCUCAGGUGGACAAGUGAGACUUUCUCAUCCUCAAGCUAAAAAUAGUUACCAUGGAUCGAAAGUUAGAGGACUGCCUUAGGUUCUUUGAAAAACCUACAAAGGAUAAGAGCUUGUGUUAUUUCUUAAACCAUAGGAGGGCAGUCUAGCCUCCCCUGCUGGAUCAUAAGGCCAGGAUGACAGGGAUUGACUGGGUUUAUGUCGAUUACCAUCAUGUCUCCAACAUGUAGUAAGCUGCCAUUAUCAAUGCAGGCAAAGACAAAAUACAUGAUCAUGAAUAACUAAAUGAUAAGACUUUUUAAGAGCUGUUCUUUCCCAUCUAAGAAAAAAGAGAAAAAUGACCUCCUGGAAUAUUCUGCUUUGAUACCCCUUUAAAAGGAAAAAAAAAAAAAAAAAGCCCAUUCCAGAAAA